CAACCAGCUCUGACGUCCACAGGGGGCUGCACUGUAGUUUGGAGAAAAGCUAUUUGCUAUUCUUGGAGCUCAGCUCUGUCGUGGAGCAUUUGAGAGAGAGAUUUAUGUUCUGCCUCCAGUUCUUCUCCUCUGUGCAGUGAUGUGGUUCUUCUGUUAAGUGCCGCGUGAGACUGAAUGGACUUAUAAAAUCCAGCGAGUAGUUUUACUGUUAGGUCAGUCAUGAGCUCCAGCCUCGUCAACUCAUUAGCCAAAGUAUAUGAUCCAAAUCCACUUCAUGCUCAGAAGCUGGCUGGAAGAAAGCUUUCCCUCAAUGGAUCAGACAAAGGUCAAGCUUCGGGUUCUUCUUCCUCCUCCCAGCACGACGCUUCCCUCCGGUGCAUGGAGAGCAGGAUGGACUCAUUGAGCUCCCAGAUGGAGCACCUACUGAAGAUGCAACAGACUGUCCUGACCCGUCUGGACGGCCUGGCCCAGGAUGUGAAGGGGAUGGGUAGAGAUCUGGCCUCGAUGAGCGGCGAAGGCCAGAACGGGAGACGUGGGUCUGGCAUCGAGGCGGUUUACAGGGAGCUGUUUGGGGCCGUGGAGAGGGCCAGCGAGCGCAUAGAGAGUCAGGGGCGCAGGUUGGAGGGGGUGGAGAAGUUGGUGGAGGGAACCCAGCAGGUGAUCAGCUUCAUUGGGGAGGCAGUGAAGAGCUCCAGAUUAGUGGAGUUCUUCUUCAAACAGCCUGGAAACAAGAUCAACAGGAAGGCUAAAGAUGACAAGGACAAAGGCAAGCAGAGCCUGAAGGGCAUAAAGGUCCAGAAGAAGAGGAAACCUGUGGAUUCAUCAGAAAACACAUCACUGAGCGAGCCGGUGCUGCAGGAACAAGUGGAAAAGCUCAACAGGCAGAACACUGAGCACUCCCAUACAAACACAGAGGCCGACGUCCAGAGGGACAAAGAUGCAGAGCUGAUCCUAGAUGGACCACAAACCUCUGCUUCUCAGACAGAGAAGAGGAAACAGGAAAACGAAGCUGUGGAGGAUGAGGAUGAUGGAGAUGUCUUUGUGGACACGGAGCCAGAGGAGGAAGACGAGCAACAUACAGAGGAGGACGGCACAGAGCAGAGCAGAAAAUUUGAGGAUGAUGUGAAAAAUGGAGAAGCAAGAGACUCCUUAGAUUCUCUAGUGUCUUCUAGUGUUUCAGACACCUCUAAUCUUCUACAUGAAAGCUCUGAAGAGGCCAGCAGCAGCAAACGACGCGUCACUGAAGAAGACCUGGAGAAAGAUGAUCUGAAGAAAAGCCGUGUGGAGGACGGACAAGAGGAAAACGCUGAUAGACAGGUGGCAGAGGCCUCUACAACCGAGGAGACGGAUGAGAGCAGAGAGUCAAAAGUGAAGGAGUUCAUCAUUGACUUAAGCCCCCCACCAUCAGCACCUUUCGACCACCGCAUCGUGACGCCCAAACCUCAUCAGAUAGCAACAUACUACACUAUCAAAAGAGACGAAGUCCUUGGAGGGGGGCGUUUUGGACAAGUCCACAAGUGCAUAGAGAAUUCCUCUGGUCUGACUUUGGCGGCAAAGAUCAUUAAAGCCAGGAGCCAAAAGGAAAAGGAUGUGGUUAGGAAUGAGAUUCAGGUGAUGAACCAGCUGAACCAUGCCAACCUCAUCCAGCUGUAUGCGGCCUUUGAGUCUCGGCAUGACAUUAUUCUUGUCAUGGAAUAUGUGGAAGGAGGAGAGCUGUUUGACCGGAUCAUUGACGAGAACUACAACCUGACGGAGCUGGACACUGUGCUUUUCAUACGGCAGAUCUGCGAGGGCCUGCAGUACAUGCACAAAAUGUACAUCUUACAUCUCGAUCUCAAGCCAGAGAACAUUCUUUGUGUCAACAGAGCAACCAACAAGAUCAAGAUCAUUGAUUUUGGACUGGCAAGAAGGUAUAAACCAAGGGAGAAGCUGAGGGUCAACUUUGGCACACCUGAAUUUUUGGCCCCUGAAGUGAUCAAUUAUGAGUUUGUUUCAUUCCCUACGGACAUGUGGAGUCUAGGAGUGAUCACGUACAUGCUGCUCAGUGGCUUGUCUCCAUUCCUGGGGGACGAUGACAACGAGACGCUAAACAACAUCCUGGCUUGUCAGUGGAACUUUGAAGAGGAAGAGUUUUUAGACAUCUCUGAGGAGGCCAAAGACUUCAUCACACGUCUACUGGUGAAGAGCAAGAGCUGGAGGAUGAGCGCAACAGAAUCACUUAAACACCCAUGGCUGUCUGACCAGAGUUUGCACCAUCGACUAAGUCAGAAGAAAAACAAGUGCCACUCCACACACACUCCAUCUACAAAGACCUGAAAAAAGUUAUUGUGAGGCCCUACUGACAAAGAGGAGCCUUGGGCCCAUCAAUGGACCAAUGCUGCUGUAACUUGACAGCCACUGGAUUCUGCCUCAUGUUCCCACCUUCGCAUAUUACUGGUCUGGAUUACCAGACUGUUCACCUGCUUUGUCCCCUGCCUGCUAUCAAAGGAGGGCAGAUCUUCAGCUUUAGCCAACAAAGUGCUGCCACUCAUCUGUUAAAGACAAACUCUGAAUUAUGAGUGACUUUUAUUUGACUAUGUUGUAUAAUCUGUAAAUAUUGAUUUAGCUUUAAAGGAAUCACUUCUGAGAUGAAUUUCUAUUUUCUUUAGCAUGCUUUGCACUCUUAUGGCCUCGUAUUACGAGAUUUUAUAAAAAUUGUAUUGAGAAAACACAAACUCAGUACUGUUGUUUAUUUAUUUCCUUUUUUUAAGAUAGAUUAUUUUUGUCCUGUUUUAUUAUUAAUUAUUUAAGUCUUAUAAAUAUGUCUCUUUUUCAGACAGAAGGUUGAAUAGGAUUAAAAAGUUGGUUAAAUUUGAACCCCAUUUAUUUAUUUUGAGUAAAAGAGCACCGCUCAUUCCUGUUUCAGCUUUAAAAUUGUUGAAUAAACAUCUGUCACAGUAUUUUAUGCCAUUCAUUUUUUAAUUGUCUUUUUUUUUUAUUGGACGCUGCUUUGCUUUCUGUAUGCCCACCUGUAUCUGCUGCUUGCUCGUAUUGCCUCGGCAGUUUGGAGUAACCCUCUCACCUUCCAUGAAGGCCUAACAAUCAACACGUCCUACCUACAAAUGACUCAUGUUUGUGACUGAAGUGGAUUCUUAUGUUCAUUUAUUCACUGGUUCAGCACAGUACUUGAAGUGCUAACUUUUAUUUAAGAUGUGACUAACACAUAUAGUUCUGCACAUAAGUAAAAGUGUAAAAGCAUAGUUCAGCUUAAUGCUAGAGCCAACAGCAGAGCAGAAAUUGCUUUUUUAAAAAUCACUCAACUAAAAAGUAACUGUUUAGCAGCUGAGUUUCUCGUUUUCUGUUUGCAUUUAAAAUCCAUUUUUUCAUGUUUUCUUGUCAAAUGGUGACAUAAAUAAAUGUAGAUUAUGAAGCAGUCAAUAAACGUUUGGAGAGGAAGCGA